AUGGCAGCAGCGUCCUCUUCGACAGAAAUCAACAAGAACAAAUCACGAAACCAGAAUUAUGACUUGGAUUGGUUGAAACAUACAAAUGCAAAUCAAUUUUUAACAGAAGAACGCCGUUUAAUUAACAAUCUUAAAUCAUCGAGUGUCGAUCGUGGUUCACAAAAAAAAAUGAGUCGAUACAAUGGAGAAAUAAAUCGAAUGACAUAUGAACAAGUUCUUCAUGAAUUAAAUCGAAAAAAUUUGUCCAUAACUGGUGAAUUGGACUUAUUAAAACGUCGUUUAAAACACCAUUAUAAAGCUGAACUGUUAAAUAACGAUCAUUUGGGACGUUCACCAUUAGAAACUUAUCAACAACGGUAUGAAUAUUUAGCCGUCAUUGAUUUUGAAGCAACGUGUGAUGAAAAUCAACCAGAAAAUUAUCAACAUGAAAUUAUUGAAUUUCCAAUCGUUUUAAUUCAUGUUCAAACUGUAACCAUUACUGAUACAUUCCGAUCAUUUUGUCGUCCAGUAUUAAAACCUAUAUUAUCUGAUUAUUGUCAAAAACUAACUGGUAUUACACAAGAACAAGUAGAUGCAGCCCCAGAGUUUCCUGAAACAUUAAAAAAUGUUGAAAACUGGUUAAAUGAUAGAAACCUACUAUCAUCUAAACGAAAAUGUGCUUUUGUGACAGACGGUCCAUGGGAUAUGGCCAAAUUCUUACGUUUGCAAUGUUAUCUCAGCAAUAUAGAAUAUCCGCAUUGGGCAAAAAAAUGGAUUAAUGUACGCAAAGCAUUUGGAUCGUUUUAUUCAACAAAACGAUGUGGUAUUUUGGCGAUGUUAUCGAAAUUAGGUUUAAAUUUUGAUGGGCAUCGGCAUUCGGGUUUGGAUGAUUCAAUAAAUAUAGCGAAAAUAACGAUGGAAUUAAUUAAAGAUGGUUGUGUAUUAAUUGUGAAUGAAUUUCAUCGUCCUACCGACGUUCGAUCUGAUCCAGUGGAUAGCUCACAAAACUGUCUGUUCGACACGAAUGGAGAUGAUUUUGAUCCACAGCAACAAGAAGAAGAUGAUAAAAUUAUUCAAUUUAUUUCAGAAGAAGAUGAUAAAACACUUCAUUUUAUUUCAGAAGAACAAGAGAGUGAAAAAGAAUCGAUUCAACAUUUAGGAAAAUUAUUACCAGUGACAGUGACAAAAGAACAAUCUCAACGAAAAUUGAGUUAUCAUUUAGGUGAUUUAUUAAAAA